AUGGAGGGGGCGCCGGAGGCGGCGGCCCAGCCCGCGGGCGGCGGCCCCCAAGGGACCAAAAUAGGGAGCAGACCAACCAGCUCCGUGGAGAUGACCUCAGGUGUGGAGAAAAGUGGCUCUGAGCCACAGCUGGAUAAUGGACACCUCCCAAGACCCUGGUCCUUCUCUCUGGAAGCCAGAAUGCCCAACCUGAUGGCCCCCCAGCACCCCAGAGCCCAGGGGAUACAGCUCCAAGGUCCCUCUGUGCUGGAGUCCAAGGUGAGGGCCUUGAAGGAAAAGAUGACAGCAGGCAAACAGGGGGUGAGCCCCUGCCCCGCUUCUCAGGAGAGGCCAUGGAAGAAACCCAAAUGCAGGCGAGUCAGAGUGGGCGGAGCCAGGACCCCAUCAGAGGGGUCUUCCUUGCCAGAUGCUGAGGCGGUCCUCCCUGCUCAGAACGUGACCGAGGCGCAGCUGGACAGUGUUGUCAACAAGGAUGAGCCUGCCAGGGAUGGGGUUCCCAGACCACCCAGGCCGCCUUCUCCUGGGCUUGAGUGCUGGGACCGGAAGAGUCCGUGGCCUCCAGAAGCAGCAUGGGCAUCGCCGGACAAGAGGAGCCUGCUGCCAGGGCCUGGCUCUUUGCCAGAGAGCCCUAUCCACAGAGUCACCCCCGGCCUGCCUGGGGGCCCUUGCAACAAAAUCACCCACAGGCCCAACCUGAGGAAAGGAAGAUCAUAUGCCCUUCAGGAAGGUCUGGUUACAGGGGGAGACCUGGAUAGCUUGUCUCUGACCUCCGAGGAAGACGUUGUCCCCAGGGGGGCUCGGCGACCUGGAGACCUGGGGGCUCUGGGCACUGGGGGCAGUGCCUUGUCCCUGUCUGACCGGGUGGAGAGGAACCGCCUUCUGCUGCAGGAGAUGCUAAGCGUUGGGGGGCAAGGCCCCCCCAAGGUGGGACUCCCAGUCUGGACUCCAUCCCAGGACAGAGGUGCACCAGAACGACCAACAGGGGAUGUGGACUGGGACUCGGGCAUCUCCCUGCAGGACUCAGACCAGAACAGGACCUUUGGUCCCAAGCCGGCGUCCGUGCUGAGUCCCAAGCAGGAGGAAGCCAAGCAUCUGCUGCAGCGUGCCCGCAUGAAGGCCAGGACCCGGCCCCUCCGUGCCAGCCACGAUAUUGUGCCCGCCGUCGCCCAGGGCAGCCGAGACGGCCGGAGAAGCCCAGCCCUGGACCCCAGGAUGACCUUCGCCUGCAGAGACAACCUCCAGAACGGGAACACGAGCGACUCCUCCAGCGGGGAGUCCAGCAGCGGGCAAUGGCCGAAGCGGGGCCCCUCCCCGUCCCGCGUCCGCUUUGAGGACGAGUCCGCCCGCGACGCCGAGUCCCGCUACCUGGAGCGGCUGCAGCAGCGCCAGCACCAGGCGCGGAGCUGCGUGCUGGGCACGGUGGCGCAGGGCCCCCUCCGCUCCAAGCCCGACGUCGCGCACUACAUCGGCGGGGGCGGGGCCGCCGGCGGAGCGGCGCUCUGCAGGCUUGCGGGCAGCCUGGACCCGGGGCCCGUCCUGGCGCCGCCGACCGCGCGCGGCGCGGAGAGGAAGUGCCGAGUCUGCGGCAGCCGCAUCGAUGACCGACGGCCCGCCCAGGGGAAGGCGAGCCCGGACCCGAGGGCCUUCCGAGAGCGCGGCUGUGGGGCUCAGGGGGUACAGGCGGAGCCCCUUAGCCCUCGGGGCCCGAGCCCCCUCUUCAGGCUCUUCCCUGCCGAGCAGGGGCUCCACGCGGAAUGGAUCCGGGAAACGCACAUCGGAGACUCGGCGCUGCCCGAGGAGGUGGACUCCGCCCUAGACAGCACGGACACCUCGGACAGCUGCAGGACCGACAGCGAGGAGGCAGGGACCUCACAGCGCCGCAGGGCCCGCGGCCCUGCUCGAGGCAGCAGCCCCCAUCCGCGGGCCGCCAGGCCUCUGGGAGGCCCCAGGUCGUUCCGGAAGGCUGAAUCCCAGCUGCCUGAGAGCCCUCAGGCCCCGCACUGCCAGCCUGGGGUUGAUCACGUGGAGGCUGCAGAUGAGGUGAAAGAAGGCAGAGGACAGCCCGAGGGGACUCUGGUUCCCAGAGAAGAUGCUUUCCCUAAGCCUCGCAUCCCAGAAUCCAAAAGGGCUUCCCUGGGAUCCCAGUGGCAGCCUGGCCCUGCGCUGGGAAAUCACUGGCUUCAGCCGGUGGAUUCCACGACUCUGUGCAGGACCGCCUGUGCCCCUUCCUUGCAGCUGGGGUCCUUGGCGCCAGGCGGCCAAGCCCAGGUUAUAGAAAACCAUGAGUCUCUGGAGGCUGUCUCUGCUUCCUCCCUGCGACAGUGCCAUGGAGAGCCCUCUGCGCUGCUCCAGGCCCAGCAGCCGACCUCUUCCGUCUGCCCUGGAGGCUGGGUGCCAACCCCUCCAUCUUCAAAGAAGACCACCUCACCUGUGCCUCACAGGAAAGCGGCCCUGGCUAGGCCUAGCAGGCUGGGUGAGCAGGGAGAGCCUGUGGACACACCUCUGCCUUCUUCAAGAAGUGUAGUUCCCAGGACCUGUGAGCUCUCACCCUCACAGACCCAGCCCUACAGCUCCCAAGUCGGGCACCCCCUGUUGGUCAUGUCCACCAACAACUGCAACAUCAGCAUGCCUCCGGGGCUGCAGGAGCCCAGGGGAGGAGCCUCCCGUGAUGGUCAGGCCCAGGCGGACAAGGGCCUCUGCAGCCAGGAGCCGGCCCUGGAGAACCUAUUGGAUGGAGGACACCAGGGCCCUCUCGGCUCAGCAGCUGUUGGCACUGUCAGCUCCGUGGGCAUCACCCUCUCCCUGGCCUCAGAGGAGACAGAGUCCAGCCAGGAACCAGAGGGAGGCCUGCAAAGGACAGAGUUGAGUUCCAGAGGUCAUGUGUCAACUCGAGCAUCACCGGGGGUCAGUGCGGGACCUGGCCCGCCCUCCGCUACCCCUUCCGACAGGAGCAAGAAAAGCGGCAGCAGCUUGGCCUCCACCCUGGGGCUGAAAAAGCUGUUCUUGGCCCUGGGCCAGGGCACAAGGCCCAAGCUGGGCAAGGCCCGCAGCUACAGUGUGGAGCAGCUGCGGGACCCUGCGCCUGGCCUGGCAUCCCACACCAGCACCCCCAAAGUGAAGAGGGCCCCAUCGUUACAGUCCCUACAUCUGGUGUCACCCUCUCACCAACAUCGGAAAGCGGUCUCCUUUCAGAACCUCCAUUCUCUGCUGAGAGGCAAGGGUGACAGGUCCAGCCUCUACGUGGUAGGAGAGCCAGGGGACCACAGUGCAGAUGGCCGGCCGGCCAAGGCCCCGCCCCAGCGUGCCCUCAGCGUGGAGGACGUGAGCGCCCCCAGCCAGGUGCGCACGGUGGGCCGUGUGGUGGAGGUAUUCCCAGAUGGCACCACCCAGCUGCAGCUACAAUGCUCCCCGGAGGGCACUUUUGGCUUCUGUGUGGCCUCCGGGAAUGGGCGCCGGGACUCAGGGCUCUAUGUGCAGGAGAUGGCUGAUGCGAGCAUGGCCAAGCUGUACUCGGGGCUGCUGGGGGUAGGCGAUGAGAUCCUCGAGGUGAAUGGGGCCAAAGUUGCAGGGCUGGGCUCGGCUCAUAUCAAGGAGCUCCUGGCCCACGCGGACAGCUUGUCAGUCCGAGUGCUGAGGCAGAGGCCCGUCCCGCGGUGACCCAGUGCUGCUCCCACCCGGCAUCGUCCCUCCUGCAGAAGCCCUGACCUGGCCCAGGAGGAAUGGAAAUGCACUGCACAAAGCUGCUUUGUGGAAGACAGAUGACAGUGGCACGUAACCCUUGUGGCAGGGCGGCCGUGACUGACCACUGUAUGUGAGGGCAGGAGCCUGCCUGUGGGUUUUAUUUAAGGAUGUUAAUUUAUGUGGAACUGGGGAAAGAAGACCUGGAUCUCCUUCCAUGCCAGAAAUGGGCUCAACCUCUUUCCUUGUUGGCAGGAGAGAGAUGCGGCAGGCACUGGGGUUGGCCCCUGACCGCCUCCUCACCCCCACGUCCUGCCCCGCUCUCUGUCAAGGGCUCCCCCAGCCUCCUCACACUUCAGAACCAAAGAAAGUGCUUUGCCAUAUUGGCCUGAGCCUGCCUUUAAAGUCUUUUUCCUUCCACAUCCCGUUGGACACUUUUGCUCUUUUUCUGGAAAUGGCCAAAGUGUCCUGGAGUGACAGCCUUACAGCCACGGGCCAUAUCUUCCAAACCAAAACUGGAACAUGUGGUCCGGAGUGAGACCAUCUAGGAGAUGUUAUCUGGUAGCCAGAACAUUAAGAGUCUCUGGGAAAUUUUUGUGACCUAUCUAUAAAGUUGAAGGGAAAAUAAAAUGAAACAGAGACCAAUUUCCGGGAAGACCAGCCAUGCCCAGUGGGACUGGCCAACCCGCCCCACCAGCCUACCCUCUGCUCUGCCCGGGGUAACGCUGGGGCUGGCGGGAAGGGUCUGUCUUCCUUCUCCUGUGGAGUGUGGGCACGGCUGCGGCUGAUGCAGGCUGUCCCCAGCCGCAAGCUCUCUGCCCAGACGCACCGGUGGCAGCUGUGGGUGGGUCAGCAGGAAGUGCAAUGCCAGGGUGCGAGCAGGGGGAUGGGCUGCCCCGCCAGGUUGCUUCCCUGCUCUAGGCCCAAUGGGUUGGGACUCUCUGGGAGUGGAUAGCCGUGUGUUACUCUUAAAUUAUUAAAAAGCAAAGCUGAA